CAGAAACACAGAAAUGUCAGAACCCGACCCUUCAUCUGGAUUUGUAGGAAACAUGGGAAAUGGGACUUUUCUGGAGCUGUAUCCCACAUCCCUUUCAACUUCAGUGGAUUCAUCACCUGGUCGUUUAUCCAACGUCUAUGUGUAUGUUUCUAUAUUCCUUAGUCUCCUAGCUUUUCUCCUUUUGCUAUUGAUCAUUGCACUUCAGAGGCUGAAAAACAUAAUUUCUUCCAGUUCCUCCUACCCAGAAUAUAAUAGUGAUGCUGGAAGUUCUUUCACUAAUUUAGAGGUUUGUAGUAUUUCUUCCCAGCGCUCUGCUCUCUCAAACCUUUCUUCAUGAAACUAAAUGAAAGGAAACACACAGGGAAUGGAAGAGCUCUGUCUAGUUUCUUGGGGAGGCAGUGCAUGCAUCAUUUGCCUUAGAACGCUAUUAUGAAGAGGUGUCUUUUAAAGUUUCCUUAGGGAUUUUUUUUCUUUCCUUUUCUAGUCUUCAUUUCCCCUUUUAAUAAUGUUCUUUUCCAUUUUGGACAAUGGAUAAUGACAUUUGAUCAUCGUUUCCUGCCUGUAAUAGUGAUGCUGUCUUUUUCUCAUGCAUACAGGGUGUUCAGUAAGAGUAUUCCUGCCAAACUGCAAUAUGGUUCUAACUGGAUGUGUCAUUUUUCUGCUGUAGUUCUGACCCCUUCCCUGGUUUUGUAGCAGUAAUAUACUGACUACUUUUC